GAGAGAGAGAGUGGGGGAGGGACUGGCUAGCUCAGGGGAGUGUGGAGUGUGAUUCGGGGGUCUUUCCCCUCUAGGGGGCACUGGCACUUGGCCUUUCCCUGCUUUAGCCCCUUCCCCAAGGGCUACAUGAGCUCUAGGGGGAAUCCCCAUGCCCCAGAGGGGGGCUGGUGCACCCUGGAGACUCUGAUGGGCCUGGGGCACCAUCCCCAUGCUAAGGAGGAUGAGGGACACUGGGUUCCCCAGCUCUCUGGCCUGCAUUGUCUAGUCUUACUAUGCGGCAACCCCUCAGCCGGCCCUCUUGCCCCAGGGCUGGAUACAGUACUAGUCGCUCAUGAUGAUAAUACAGAGGCUUCUGCCCCAUCUCCCCUCCCAGAACCAGGGAGAGAAACCAGGAGUCCUGACUCCCAACCCCAUGUUCUAACCACUGGACCACACACACACCCCUCAGGUAGAGAGGGGACAAAAUUCCUGGGUUCUAUCCUGGGCUCAGUGGGAUGUGGGGGUCUAGUGGUUAGAUCUGGGCAGGAUCUUUCCCUAGUCAAAGCUGGGCAGUGGAUGGGGUUGGCCCUGCAUACCUAUGGACAUCCCAUUCAUGUCUGGAGGCGUCAGCCAUAGGGGCCCUGGAGACAUUAAUCCUGGUCUCGGCCGGCCCGAGGGCAGCUCAGCCCCUAAUCGGCUCAAGGAGGGGUGAAUGGCUAGUUUGAUGGUGAGGCCUGGAAUCCCAGAUGAUUAAUUGUAUUCAAGUUGCCAAUAAGCUGGAUAAUCGGAGCUGAGUGGAGGGAACGCCUAAAGCUUUGAGAUGCAGCCUUCUCUCACGCCAUCCCAGCCUAGGAUCGCCCCUGUGGGAGACCAUGGACUAUGGAUGGAUACUUCCCACCAACCCCAUCUGUCCUGAGUCCUCUUGGCCUUCUCCCCAUAAAUUGCAUUAAUCUGCCGUGCCCCAACCCUGGGGGAAACUGAGGCACGGAUAAGGUGACGGAUGUGCCUGAUGUCACACAGUGAGGUGGUAAAAUCAGGAAUAGAAUCUACACGUCCUGAUGCCCAGCCCCGCUGCUGUAACCACUAGGAUUCCCUCCCUACCCAGAGCUGAUAGUAAACUUUAUCAUCAUCAUCAUCAUCAUCAUAUUCUUUGCAACUGCCUUGGCUGGUGGAAUGAACUAGGCCAAGGGUGCGGGAGUCAGGGCCUCCCCCAGCUGUCCAUAUCAGAGGGUGGUGCUGCGGAAAGGGCUCUGUGCUUCAAGGAGGUGAAAGGUGACUCUAGGAGCACAAGGUGCUGCCACAAGCCAGUCUGACUCACUGAGUCACCUCCUGCUGGCCAGGGGCUGCUGUCAUGGCCUCAGCUACCCUCAGCCCCUGCCCCCAACCCCAACUUUAACCCCUAGACCCCACUCCCUGCCCCGUGCUGAGGAUAGAACCCAGGAGACCUGACUCCUAGCUCCUACCCAGAGAGUGGAUUGCACAGUGUGGGGUACCUCAUCCUUAGCCUCAGUUUACCUGUUCUUAAUUUCACCCCAUUUUUUCCUCAUUUACCCCCCAUAACACCCUCUUUUCCUGCCCUUCCCCAUCUCCCAUUGCCCUGGCUUAGGGUGGGGCUGGCAUCUGGGACGAUUCCUUCUGUAGCAGGGCUGUGGCCCUUCAAACCCCCUUUGCAAACAAGAGACCCAGCAGCUGGCAGCCAGAGCUGGAGCUGCCUGCAGAGCGGGUGUGGGGCGCCACCAUGUGUGGCCAGGCAGCAGUGCUGGGCCUGCUGCAGGGUCUGGACUCAGCCCAGAGUAGAGAGGGAAGGGGGCGGAUGGAUAGAUGGGGAUAGGCAGGCAGGUGGAGAGAGUGACCUGAAGAAGAGCCCUGUGAAAGCUUGGGAAGUAGGUCUAAUAAGAGCUAUUACUCCGUGCGCCCUGUCUGACUCAGAUAGGUGGGCCUGGGCCUAGACAGACAGUCAGAGGCAGCGGUGGAGGAUGAACCCUGCUUCCAAGAACCCCUGCCCCCCCAGAUUAUUCCACCUUUGCCCAGUAGGGGGAGUCUCCCUCCGCCCACAACAAGUGCCCCUGGGGCAUGUAGGAGCUGGAAUACCAGGCUAGUUGGGUGCCCACGGCUGACCAGUCCUACCUGAAAGACUACAACUCCCAGAAGCCUUUGCGGCCCAAAAGCUCGGCCUCCAGGCCACGACCUUGCCCAUGAUGCUUGGUGGGUGGGGCUGGAGCAGUUGAGUUCAAGUUUGCAGCUGUGGUUACUGGGAGACUGGCAGUCUGGUCUGGUCUGGUCUGGGACUGGGUGAUUGCCCCCGGCAAGGGAGCGCUGAGACAGAGGAGGAGGGGAGCGAGAGAGCUGGGGAGUGUGGGACUGGUUGGGAGGGGGUCCUGGGGGAGGGAGACAGGACAGUGGGACUGGUGGGGAGAGGGGGCAGGAGAGUGGGAUUGGUGGGCAGGGGCUCUGGGAACAGGGUAACUGCCUUUAGGCAUUCUAGGGAGGCUGAGGCUGUACAGAGCCCAGGAGCAGGGUGGGAGCGACUAGCAUGGAUCCAGGGGGAGCAGAAUCUCAGCAGCCCCUCCCUAGGGCUCCUGGGAGAGGGAGCCGGAAGUCUGGGAGUCGAAAGAGGCACCAGGACCAGAAUCCAGAUGUCCGUCUGUCCAAAGCCUUGUCCUAUGUUUUGCGUCAUGGAGCAGCCCAGCUGGGGCUGGAGAUGGGUGCUGAUGGGUUCUUAGACGUGGCUGCCCUGCUGAGCCUGCCCCGCUUUGGGGGGGUCUCUGUGGCCGAUGUGCGACACGUUGUGGAGACUAACGAGAAGCGCCGCUUUGCCCUGCGCCCCCACCCUAGUGAUGGGCGCUUGCAGAUCCGCGCCAACCAGGGGCACUCACUGCAGCAGGUGUCAGAGCUAGAGCUGAUCCCACUGCUGGAGCCCACAGCCCUACCCCAGACCAUAGCCCAUGGCACUUACCUGCGGCACUGGCCGGCCAUCUGCCGAGGGGGCCUUUCCCGCAUGGGGCGCAACCAUAUCCACCUAGCACCUGGGCUGCCCGGGGAUGGACAUGUCCUCAGCGGGAUGAGGCAGGACUGUGAUGUGGCUAUAGUGAUUGAUGGGCCCCAGGCACUGGCAGAUGGGAUCCAGUUCUAUCGCUCAGCUAAUGGUGUCAUCCUCACACCGGGUGAUGCUGAAGGCCUCUUGCCUCCCCGGUACUUCCAGAGAGUCCUGCAGCUCCAGCCUGACAGGCGUUUGCUACCCCUCGAGUGACUCUCACAGGGUCCAGGGCCAUGGCAUGGAGGAGAAUCAGGCAGGAGAGAGCAGUGUAAAAUAAAAUCCCUAUUGUUCCAUC